AGUGGGGGAUGGGGUCGGCCAGGCCCAGGAUUGUGUUGUUUGGCGAUUCUAUCACGCAGCAAUCCUUUGGGCCUGGUGGAUGGGGCGCUGCUCUAGCUCAUCACUACUGCCGCAAGGCGGAUAUUGUGCUUCGAGGCUACAGUGGCUACAAUAGCAGCUGGGCACUUUUCCUCCUACACAAGAUCUUCCCUUCCUCUUUGGAAGAAGACGCUCCACUGGCCGUGACCAUUUUCUUUGGAGCCAACGAUGCCGCUUUGCCCGACCGUGGCAGCUCUCACCAACACGUUCCACUCCCAACUUACAAGACAAAUCUCAAGCGCAUCAUCUCACACCUCAAGGCAGUCUCUAAACGCACACACAUCGUCCUCAUCACUCCUCCUCCAAUUGAUGAGAAAGCUCGUCGGGAGUUUGCUAUAGAUACUUAUGGUCGAGAUGCUCACGAGCUCCCCGAGAGGACGAAUGCAGUGGCCCAGGAGUAUGCCUCGGCUUGCAAGGCCGUAGCUGCUGAAGAGAAUGUAGCUGUCAUUGAUCUAUGGACGCUUUUCCAGGAGAACCACGAUUGGCGAUCGAUCUAUCUCAGCGACGGACUUCACCUUACUGCGGCUGGAAAUGGUGUUGUUUUCGACCAAGUCGUGCAGGCUUUCAAGCUUGCAGGGAUUGCCGAGGCCGAGCUUUCAUUGGACUUCCCGCUUCAUUCUUCUAUAGACAAAGAACACCCAGAGAUUGCUUUUAGUACAUGAUUAUAUUAGAACUUCGUGCCCAACUAUGAAACAUAGAAGAAGAAAACAUCCAGGCCUAUAAGCUGUGCUAAAACUUUGGAAUUUUAUUCCAGGUGAACAGUGUUAUUAAGAAGAAGGCUAUGAAUUAUGAGGCCACCUCCAAAGGUUUUGAGUAA